CCCUCUGCCGCUCGUCGUUCGGCGCAUGCGGACGGCAGUGUUGCUCAGUCACGGGCCUCCGCCGUUCCCUUCGCCUGUGCGCCGUAGGGUCCCGGCCCGCGCUGCAGCCCCGCCAUGGCCGACCCCCGCCUGAGGCAGAUUAAGAUUAAAACCGGCGUCGUGAAGCGAUUGGCAAAAGAAAAAGUUAUGUAUGAAAAAGAAGCAAAACAGCAAGAAGAGAAGAUUGAAAAAAUGAAAGCUGAAGCAUGUGAUGACUAUGGAAUAAAGAAGCAGGUCGAGAUCUUGCAGGAGUCUCGAAUGAUGAUUCCAGACUGUCAGCGAAGAUUAGAAAUUGCGUAUGCAGAUCUCAGUCAACUACUAGAAAAUGAAAAAGAAUUGGAAGAAGCUGAAGAGUAUAAAGAAGCACGUUCCAUUUUAGAGUCGGUGAAGCUGGAAGCCUAGAAGUUUUUCAGUACCCUCUUUAUAUGUAUUAGCACUGGGUCCAUUUCACAUUUUAUUUGACUAUAGCUCUGUUACUACUGCUGAUUUACUAAGGUUCUCUUUAUGCAAACUGUCCUUUCUCUAACUGCAAGAUGCAUCAAAUAAAGGAUGUUCUGAAAUGUCUGUGUGUUCCACAUCCAGGCAAAAUAAAAGCAUUGCCAGUUCUCAUCAACUACAGAAAGACAAAAAAAAAGCACCUGUUUAUCAUAAGCUUAGGCUAAGAAGCAACAUACACAUUAAAUGUUAGCUUUGUAGGGAAUGUGAGAGGCUAAUAAGUAGUUCAGAAACACCUUGUAAUUGAAAUAAUUUCAAGCCAUUUUAGCAUCAGCUCUGUACUGAAAGAGGAGAUGGACCAAAUGAUCCUUUUCAAAGUCACCUUUUUCCUGUGAUGCAAUUUAUUUGUAAUUUUAUCAAGUAUUACUCCUUGUUUAUCUUAUAUCCCAAGAUGGAAUUAAAUCUGAUUCCAAACCUUUCUCAUUUUGCCUGAGGUUGAUUUGUAGAACCCAAUUCACACAACUGCCACCCAUCAAAACUAAGCUACUCUUUCAAUAAACAGAAUUUUGUAGCUGUUUAGUAUGUUGGUUGGAUCUGCUGGUAAGAGUUCUAGUGUGAACUCUUCUCACAGCUGUUCACCUUGGCCCAAGUGACUUUUUUGAGCAAAGUUCAAACCCUGAAAGAUAACACGUGGGGAAGGGAACAACGCUUGAUCUGCAUGGAAGAUCAUUUAAACACUGUGUAUAUUGUGCUCUUUCAGAAUGCCUUUUCAAAACAGGAAACCGAUCUGUUGAAGAAAGCUUUGUAUGUUAGUUUUUCUAGAUUGAAAGUUUUGUAGCACGUUCCUUAACAGUGUACCUUUUGUGUGAUGCUGUGUUGUAUACUCUUUAUAAAUGUUUUGUUAAUUUGCA